AUAGCCAAUCCGCUGGUCACGACGUCCGUCAUACGUCCGCCAUGUCGGGUUUCAUCAACUUCAACUCCUUCGACGUCAAGAAGGCGCUGAAAAGGAAGAAAGGGCAGAUCUCCUCGGACUCGGAUUCCGAGCAGCAGGCCAAAGCUAAAGCCAAGCCCAAAGCAAAGCCAAAAGCGCAGCCUGAGGCAGUGCCCCUGCACCAGCUGGCAGCGACAGCCACCGACCUCUCAGGUGUGGCCGUGGUGUCACGGUUUCUGGCCUCGGCCCUGGCCGAGUGGCGGCGGCUUCGGCCGAGCUCCGAGACCUUGGAGAAGCUCCAGGCCUCGGAGCGUACGCUGGUGGCCUCGGAGCCCCCGAGCGCGGAGGUCCUGCAGCCGCUGGUGGACCUCGUGGAGAUGCGAGCUCCGGACGAUCCAGAAUCCAGCAAGGUAGAGCAGGUGUGUCGCAUGUCGCUUGCAAACGAGCAUUUGGCAGCAGAGAAGGUUUACUUGGAGUUGACCAUUGGCAACUCGAAGUGGCCCAUCGGCGGCGGCGAGUUCCUGUCGAGCGAUGGGCCGCAGCCAGGCAAUCGGAUGUGGGGGCAAAAGCUGCGCAAGAUCAAAGAGACGGCCUCCAUCUUGGACAAUGACUCUCAGAAGAGUGCCAUACAAGGGUUGAAGAGACUCAUGAGUUUCGUUCAGGCCACUGAAGUAUGGAGGAAAGCUCAAUCAUGAUAAACGAUGGAAAUAGAUUAUGUAUCAAGAUGUGUGAA